AUGACGUCAACAGCUCCUAAGCGCUGUCCCCGAGAUGAUCCAGUACUAUCAGAAGAAGGCCGAGGUUCACGUGAUGAAACGACGUCCGAGUCUGACGCUGAGUCCGACGAGAGUCGUGAGGUGCUGCAGGCAGCAGGCAGCCAGUUCUCUGGCAGUCUGGCAGUGCUGUUUGACUGCGGUCACUUGCUCUGCGACGUCUGUGGUCUGCUGGCAGUGUUGGCUGCUUCCAGGGUGGCUGCCAGAUCUCCCACUCCUGUCAUGACAUUCGGCUUCCAACGGGCAGAGGUUGUGUGCAGUCUGGUAAGCGUACAGCAGACAUGGCUGGUGUGCGGGCUGCUGGUCUACGCGGCGGCGGCUCGUGUGGCGUCUCUGCACUACGAAGAUCUUGAUCCUGAUCUCAUGAUCGUCUCUGCACUGCUCGGCUUUGCAGGGAAUCUAUUAAAAUUACCCCGGAUUUCGUCCUCCUACAAGUUUUCACAUGCAACAAAAUUUGACCAAAAAACGCCGUUCUUCGGCGUUGGUGGAACGAACAGCAGAAGGCCGACACGGGCGCCGCUGCUGCGCGUGUCGCUCCUGCACGCAUACGGCGACGUGACGUUGACGGCAAGUGUCUUGGUGGCGGCUCUGGUCAUCAGGGUUCAGGUGGGACUGGGGCAAUGA